AAAUGAGAAAUAAAAGAAUGGAUUUAAACUUUCUUAUAUGAAAAAAUGAAAUACACAUGAAGUAUCAAUUAAUCACUUUAAGCCCUCAUUCAAAAUUUCAUUUCUUGUGUGAUGUUUUAAAAUUUCUAAUGAUCUAAUAAUUGUUGUUAAGAUUUAUUAAAAAAACUUAAAAGAAUUAAUAAAAGCCAAAUUAAGAAUAAUAAAAUAAUUAACCCUUUAAAUUUUUUUUAAAAAAAUUAUGAGGACUAAGUUUGGAAUAGCAACGGAAAUUCCCGCCAAAUCUAACUCACUCUCACAGCAACAGUGAACACUCACUCCACACAUUCCCCAAUCUAUAACUGCCAAUUCAAUCGCCGCCGAUCACUUCUCUCUCCGGCCACCUUCCGCCAUGUUGCUCCCCUCAUCCUUCCUUACCUUUUCUCUCUUUCUCUUCUUUCUCUCACUUUCCCAUCCAUCCAACUCCCUCACUACAAUCGGUGUCACCUUCUCUGCCUCCCCCAACUCCACCCACCGCCUCCACCCACCCGACUCAGUGCCCAAAGCCAUUGAUUCCCUCAAACUCACCGCCGUCAGACUCGAAGAUUCCGAUCCCAACGUAAUCCGAGCCUUCGCCUACACCAACAUCACCCUUCUCCUCACAAUCCCUAAUUCCAUGGUCUCCCCCAUCGCCGCCAAUCGCUCCGCCGCUCUCCAAUGGCUUUACAUUCAUGUCGUCCCCUUCUACCCUCGGACCAUCAUCACCACUAUCUCCGUUGGUAACAACUUUCUCGAAGCAUCUCCUGACUUAACGACGCUUCUAUUACCGGCAAUCAGAAAUGUUUACACGGCGCUCCGAAAUUUGGGGAUUCGUCAAAUUUCGGUUUCCACUACGUUUUCGUUCGUCAGUAUAAUGGCAAAUCCGUUCCCUCCUUCGGCGGCUAGGUUUCAAGAUCCUGUUUCCGAUGAUGUGAUUAGGCCUUUGCUUCAGUUUCUUCGAGACACUAAUUCGUCGUUCUUGAUCAAUAUUUACCCUUACAAUUUGUACCGAUUGAUCUCCGAAAUCCCAAUUGCGUAUGCUCUGUUUCAAAAUCACCCUUUCAAUUUCAGAGAUGAUGUGGUCACUGGUGUCCGGUACCGGAAUCUUUUUGACUCCAUGAUAGAUGCAGUGAUUAGUGCAAUGGCUGUGGCCGGACACGAGAAUGUUCAAUUGAUCGUGACGGAGACUGGAUGGCCAAGCUUUGGGACUGACCCCAGCGAGGUCGAAGCGAAUCCUGCAUACGCGGAAAUGUACCUGAAGGGGUUGGUUGCACACCUGAAAUCGGGUUUCGGAACGCCGUUGAGGAGGGAAGGAGUGAUGCAAACUUACAUAUAUCAGCUGUUUGAUGGGGAAGAAGAACAGGGAGCUCGACCUGUGCGAAAAUGGGGGCUUCUGUAUCCCAAUAUGACAAAGAAGUAUGAUGUUGUCUUCUCCAAUUCUGCCAGAAUUGGAGAGCAAAGAGCUAUUCUAACGAUUGCAGCCUGCUGUUUUGGGGUUUUCGUUCUAACGAAGUUGUGGUAAAAUCUUACACAUUUCAUUUUCAUAAAAUUUUCUUUUCGGUGCUGAAGUAGGUUAAGCUCUAAUUCCUGAUGAGUAUAACCUGCGUUUUGUGAAUUCUGUGAUUCUUGAGCCUUCUGUUGCUGUUUCUUGUUAUGGAAACUUCCCUUGAUAUUAAAGAUAGCUUUCAUCGUUUGUUUAGAUGUCAAUGGCUGUAAAUUUUCUUUUCUGAAUUUGUGUUCAGAUGAAUUACAUUCUUCCAUAGAAUAUUAUUCAAUGAAGUUUGGUUCUUAGUUUCAA